CAGGCUGUCAUUUUUGUUCGGCAUGUGAUCUCCACUGCUCCAAACCUGUUCCCGGUGUCCCUAGCAGCCCCACUGGUCUCCAUAGUCUUGUAUGACUGUGAUCCUCUGGACAACUUUACCUGGUCUGCCAUUGCCACACUCUGUGAACUAGGUUGCAUGGAGUAGAGAGUCCAUGCACGUACAACGAUACAAGUGUAUGCACACCAUAAGAAGAGAUCAAACAAAAAACCAAGAACUCAUGGGAA